AUGAAGGAGAUCAUCUGCUUACACGUCGGCCAGGCCGGCGUCCAAAUGGGUGACGCGUGCUGGGAGCUCUUCUGCUUGGAGCAUGGCAUUCACCCGGAUGGUGCACUGGACGAAGGAUACCGGAACUCUGCAGAUGAAGCAUUUCAGACUUUCUUCACGGAAUCGAGCGUCGGAAAAUUUGUACCUCGAGCUAUGUUCAUCGACCUUGAACCAACCCCGAUCGACGAGAUUCGAACGGGAACGUACAGGUCGCUGUUCCACCCCGAACAAAUGCUGAGUGGAAAAGAAGACGCGGCCAAUAACUACGCUCGUGGAUAUUACACUGUGGGCUUGGAAAUGCUUGGUCUGGCCCUCGAUCGGACCAGAAGACUUGUGGAGCACUGCAGUGGCGUCCAGGGGUUUAUCAUGUUCGCCGCUGCAGGAGGCGGAACCGGAAGCGGUCUCGGCUCCGCUAUCCUUGAGCGCCUCAACGACGAGUUUGGCAAAAAGACGAAAAUGAAUUUUUGCGCCUGGCCUUCUCCUCAGAUCUCCACUGCGGUGGUGGAACCUUACAACGCCGUCCACAACACUCACGCCUUACUCGAGAACACAGACGUAGCGGUGUUGUUCGACAACGAGGCGCUCUACGACAUUUGCACACGAUACUUGAAUCUGCCGAAGACAAGCUAUGUCAAUCUCAACCGCAUCAUUGCUCAGGUUAUCUCGUCCGUGACGUGCUCGUUACGGUUCGCGGGAUCUCUCAACUUCGACCUCACAGAGUUCCAGACGAACUUAGUUCCUUAUCCGCGAAUCCAUUUCAUGCUCGCGUCUUACGCGCCUCUAGUUGGACCCGACAAGGCUUCGCACGACGCUUUGUCAGUCCCUGAGUUGACCAGCACGGCGUUCGCGCCGGCGAGCAUGAUGGCAAAGUGUGACCCUAGGCACGGCCAGUACAUGGCUUGCUGCCUAAUGUACAGAGGCGAUGUAGGUCCGCAAGACGUUAACGCGGCGGUGGCGACGAUGAAGACAAAACGAUCCAUUCAGUUCGUUGAUUGGUGCCCUACCGGUUUCAAAGUCGGCAUCAACUACCAUCCGCCCGUAUACGUCCCUGGCGGGGAUCUAGCAAGAGUCAUGCGCGCCGUCUGCAUGCUCGCCAAUUCAACGGCGAUGGAGCAGGUCUUUUCCAGAAUGAACCACAAGUUCGACCUAAUGUAUGCUAAGCGCGCGUUCGUCCACUGGUACGUGGGCGAAGGGAUGGAGGAAGGCGAAUUCAGCGAAGCUCGCGAAGAUCUUGCUGCACUCGAGCAGGACUACAUCGAGGUCGCUGGAUCACCACUGCAGCGUCCAGCGAGUUUCGAGAACAGGCCCACAAGAAGGUAG